UGUAGUAGUGAAUGAAAAACGAUCAGAAUCUGAAAGCUCUGUUUUUGUUGUUUUUUCUUUCUGCAUUUUUUUUCUUCAUUCUAUUUCAGCUGUUUUGGAUUUGAAGCUGCUCCUCGUUUCAUCAACUGUUCUUCCCAAUAGUGAUUUUGAUGCGGAAACAGAGCUUUGGAUAGCAGCUUCAAACUAUGAGUGUGGAAAAUCCAUGGAUUCCUGCGACUCCGAUGAAGCCCUCGCGAAGGCCAUUGCAUGCGGAAGAAAAUCAACAGAAAUCAGAUGGAUCUACUGAAGAAAUCGAAGCUGGAAAAGUCCUUGCAUGUUCCGAUGCUUCUGAUUUGGUGGUGGAUUUGAAUGAGAUGAAAUGGAUUGGGAACGAGGCAAGUUCUUGUUCCAUUUCUGCUUCUUCCGAUAAAGCGGAGUCCGUUUCACAGGGUGAACUUUGUAGUAAGAGCAUGCCUCAUUUUGUACCCCCAACACCGGAUAAGAGGGCUAAUGUGGAGAUCAAACAGUUUGUCGAGUCUCGAAGCACGCUAGCAGGAGAAAAAAAAGAGGAGGGCCAGGAAGAAAAUUGUAAAACUGUCAGUAUAAGAACAGAUGAGGAUGGCCUCGAGCAGGAAGGUUGUGAGCUAGUCUUGGAUUCAUCUUGUGCUCCAUUGUUAACACCGAUUAAGUACAAUGACAGUUCAGACAAAGACGUUGCCGUCAGUGGGAAUGAAAUAGCGAAGUUGAAACAGUAUAAAAGAAAGCACAGGCCCAAGGUAAUUACAGAAGGCAAGCCAAGAACGUCUAAAUCAACCACCAAGAGAGCAGCCAAUUCCCAAGAAAACUUGAAAACUAAGAGGAAAUACGUCCGAAAGAAUGCAGUUAACAAACCCCUGGAAAGUCCUCGUGAACUAGGAACUCUUAGUCCGGUCACCCCAGAAGUUACUGGUUCUAAAGAAAACUCAACAGGUCUAAGGAUGUACACUCGAAAGCGUGUAGUCGACACACCAGAAACUUCUAUGGUGAAAACAGGAGCAACUGAUGUGGAAGUGCAAAAGCGGAAACGUAGUAGGAAAACAUGCAGGAGGAGUUUAAAAUUUGACAAUGAAGGAAAACAGAAAGAUGAAAACUCUUUGUUCGAGUAUUCGUCCAACACUUCGGGAUUGCUGGCACAUAUUUUAACUACUGAAAGUUACCAACCGCAUUCCAUGCUGAAGCAAAGGAGAGAAAGUGACACAGUGUUCGACCACAGACAAGCUGGGAUGUCAUAUAACCCAAAUCCUUCAAUGAAUCACCAACCAGAAAACUGCAAAUGCCUUCCUGAAAGUCAAGUAUCGAGCAUUGAAGUCCCAAUUGAAUAUAGCACAUCGCUGUUAAAACUUAAAGUUAAUCACCAUAAGAAUCACAGAGGGACGGGGAAGUCCAAUUUGACUAAUCAUUUGUUAUCAAGUUCAAAAGAUUCAUUCUGGAGUAGUACGACCGUCUCAACUGAGAGAAAAGAAGCAAGGGGUUUGAAGAGAAAAUGUAGUCACAAUAUCAAACAAGAUUGUGUCAGAAGUUUUGAUUUAAUUGAGGAAUUUUAUAACUCGAUUUAUGCGUCUCAGAUGCCACAUGCAGAGUACUUCUCCAAAGAGAAAAUUGAAAAGGUGCAACAUUCUGGCCAGAAUCCGUGCACAUCAAAUGCCAGCUACUGGAUUUCUAGACCUCAGCCUCACAGUUGCUUAAUCCCAUGGUCGGACCAGAGCAACAUGCGGUCGAUAUAUUCACCCAAACAACCAUCAGUGAUUACUGAUCUUCAAAGAAUUGAGAAUUCUCACAGGCAUCACCCAUCCUCAGGUGCCCAAGUUGACAAGAUGCAAGCAACAGCAGCGAGGAAAAUACAAAAGCCGCACCCUCUUACUUCACAUUCCCAUAUGCAUGGAGCAGACCAGCACGCAAAGCUUUCAUCAUAUUGUCACUGCCAUACUUCCCAAUUGCCUCCAGUGACGUCUUGGUUGGAGCUUUUUGCCAAUGCCAUGGUUGAAGAAAUGAAGAUUUUAGACAUUAACAGAGAAGGAAAAAUAUCAUUAUAUGAGGAACAUAAUGAAAUGGUAACUUACAACAUGCAGAACCAAGGGCAUAAUGCACUUGUUGUGUAUAGAGGAGAUGGCUCUAUAGUACCUUUCGAAGGUUCUUUGAAUCCUGUCAAAAAGCGAAGACGAUAUGCCAAAGUUGAUCUUGAUGGAGAGACGAUUAGAGUCUGGAAGCUAUUGAUGGACAAUUCCAAUAAUGAACUUGUUGAUGGAUCGGAUGAAGAUAGGGACAAAUGGUGGGAGGAAGAACGAAGAGUGUUUUCUGGACGAACGGACUCAUUUAUUGCAAAGAUGCAUCUAAUACAAGGAAACAGAGGCUUUUCUCAAUGGAAGGGGUCGGUUUUAGACUCGGUGAUUGGAGUUUUUCUCACCCAGAAUGUCUCGGAUCAUCUUUCAAGCUCGGCAUUUAUGUCACUUGCUGCACGCUAUCCCUUAAAAUCUAGAAGCCUCGACGAGUCAAGUGUUGAUGAACGCACGAGCUUGGUAGUCAAUGAACCACAGGCUAAUUUGUGCAGAGAAGAAGAUAGUGUAACAUGGGUUGAACAGAUUUCAGAUCAACCAAUUUAUAAACAGAAUUGCAUGACCAUGUGUGGAACUGGCCCAGAUGAAGAAGAUUUUUUCAUCAGCAGUGAAUCUUCAAGAAGCAACACAUCUGGGGUUUCCUCUAUGCAUGAAUACCAGUGCUCAACCGUGUCUUGCGGUAGCCAAAAUAUAGGUAAAUUGGAAGAUAGAAGAACGACAACGGAAACCAAUACUAUAGCAGAAGCACGUACGUUGGGAGAAGAGAAGACUGCAGAUGCUGCUAUAUUAUCUAAAACGUCGACUGUUUCUGAAGAUAAAAUGCCCUGCUUGAAAAGCAACUGUGGAAAGGAUCUGUCAUCAAGAGAUAUUAGUGUCAAUGGGCCUGAUUCAUCUGUGGAGGUCGUACAGAACAUAGAAACAAAUAAGCUGAAGUCAGACUCCAAAAUUGCUAGCGGUACCGACUCAUCCGAUGAUAAGUCAGAGGGUACUUGUACGUCAGAAGAGAAGAACGUUGAUCAAAGAGAAAAAAACGAUAAUGCUGAUUGUCAUAAAUGUCUCUCAAAAGAAUCUCCUAGUCAUUCAAGUAAUCUAUUGCAGAAAACUUCGAUCUUUGGAGUUACGGAAGUUGAAUGCUUUGAAAUGUGUGGAGAAGUCGCCCCGUUUUCCUAUGUUUACAAAAGAAAAGAUGUAUAUGAUACUAAUGAACGUACACAGACACGUGACUCUUUAUCUCAAACUACUAUUCUCAACACCGACGACGUUCAAGCUAAAGGACAACCCGGAGAAUUGGGCAAUCUCAGUCAAAGUGACCAAAGUGUGAUAUUCCAGUCUGAAGGAAGAUUGAUUGCAGUGCCCCAUGAUAUGGAAUCACAGGAUUCAAUGGGCAACCGGGAAAUACAUCAAACUCUGCCAGAUUCUUUGGUAGAUAACUCUCUAGAUGCUACCGGGAAGACAGAAGAACCAGGUCAAAAUGAGCAUGACCAUUCACUUAGUAUUAACUUCGAUGAUCCAAAAGCUGAUACGCUUAAACCAAACAGAGAACGAGUAAAAAGGGAGAAAAGGGUUGGUGUUGACUGGGACAACCUUAGGAAACUGGCAGAGGCGAGUGGAACGAGAGAGAGAACUACAAAUACAAUGGACUCAUUGGAUUGGGAAGCUGUAAGAUGUGCAGACAUUGACGAGAUCGCUUACACCAUCAGAGAACGAGGGAUGAACAACAGGCUUGCAGAAAGAAUUAAGGAUUUUCUUAACCGUCUGGUGAAAGAUCACGGAAGCAUUGAUCUCGAGUGGUUAAGGGACGUUCCACCCGAUCAAGCAAAAGAAUAUUUACUCAGCGUAAGGGGGUUGGGAUUGAAAAGCGUGGAGUGUGUUCGGCUUCUUACCCUGCAGCAGCUUGCUUUUCCAGUGGAUACUAAUGUCGGGCGGAUAGCUGUAAGAUUAGGAUGGGUACCCCUUCAGCCAUUGCCAGAAUCACUGCAACUGCAUCUUUUGGAGCUAUACCCAGUUCUUGAGUCCAUUCAAAAGUAUCUCUGGCCACGGCUGUGCAAGCUUGACCAAAGAACAUUGUAUGAGCUGCAUUACCAAAUGAUUACAUUUGGAAAGGUCUUCUGCACAAAAAACAAACCAAAUUGCAAUGCUUGUCCAAUGAGAGGAGAGUGUAGACAUUUUGCAAGUGCUUUUGCUAGCGCGAGGCUAGCACUGCCAGCGCCCGAAGAAGAGAAUUUGCUUAAUGCGACGGAAAUAAAGGCUGAUACAAACCAGUCUGUAGUUGUUCAUCAACAACCGUUGACGCUCACUCAGGCGUUAGAGCCAAUUGAAAGUAAUCAGCAAUUAAUCAGGGUGAAAUCUGGAAGUAACAACGAGCCCAUUAUCGAAGAACCAGCUACACCGGAGCCAGAAUAUCCACAGAUUUCUGAAAACGACAUCGAGGAUACAUUAUAUGAAGACCCUGAUGAGAUUCCUACAAUAAAGCUUAAUAUUGAAGCAUUCACUAAGAACGUACAGAAUUACAUGCAAGAAAAUAUGGAACUUCAGGAAGGUAGCAUGUCGAAGGCGCUCGUCGUCUUAAGUCCAGAAGCAGCAUUGAUUCCCAUGCCGAAGCUUAAGAAUAUUAGUCGACUGAGAACGGAGCAUCAAGUUUACGAACUUCCAGACGCUCAUCCUCUUCUCGAAAAGUUAAAGCUGGAGAAACGUCAACCAGAUGAUCCGUGCUUCUACCUUCUUGCUAUAUGGACACCGGGUGAAACAGCAAAUUCUGUUGAACGACCGCAUACACAAUGUCGUUCUCAAGAAAGCGGUGAACUGUGUGGAGAAAAAGAGUGUUUCUCUUGCAAUAGUGUCAGAGAAGCUGAUUCGGAAGUGGUUCGAGGAACACUUCUGAUCCCAUGUCGAACCGCAAUGAGAGGAAGCUUUCCGCUAAACGGAACUUACUUUCAAGUGAAUGAGGUAUUUGCUGAUCAUGAUUCUAGCCUCAACCCAAUAGAUGUUCCUAGGAAUUGGUUAUGGAAGCUCUCGAGGCGGACAGUGUACUUUGGAACCUCGAUACCGACGAUAUUCAAGGGUUUAUCAACCGAAGAGAUUCAAGGUUGCUUCUGGAAAGGUUACGUUUGUGUUAGAGGUUUCGAUCAGAAAACACGAGCACCUCGUCCUCUGAUAGCUAGAUUGCAUUUUCCAGCUAGCAAGGUGACUAAAAUCAAAGGUGGUAAAGACGGGCAAGCCAGAUGAUAAGCAGACAAAGUGGUGUAAAUGUGUCAAUAACCCAUAAAGUAGGAGUGUCUUUCAUCAUAUGCCAGUCAAUAGUGAAAUGGAAAGAUCUAAUCAUGUUGUAUUUUGUAUUAAUUUAGUGUAUGUAUUAGUAAUGUGAAACUCGAGUUAUUAGACUGCUAAACCAUAAAAAGAAACCGAGACGGUUCGGGAGCU